AUAACAUAUUAGGCGUUGUGUUUGGUGUUUUAUUUCGGUGUUGGAGAGAGAUUGGUUUUGUGUCAGAGCGUUUUCCAGAGUUUUGUAUGUAAAGAUACUGAUUUGCAGUCUAGAGGUUUUCGGUAUUACAGUUUUAUACGAUCGAUAGCACGUAGGUAGUGACGGUAAGCGUUUAAGAUUUGACAACAAAAUGGCGGAUCCCAUAUUAGCGAGUCCCGUGAAAUAUGCGACAAGUUUCCAGGAGCAUUGCUUCCCUCUCGUUGUUUGAAACGUCAACAAAAGGACAAAAUGUUGGGAGAGGAUGGUCUCAUGUGGGAGAUAUCCCAUGUCAACGACAUGGGAGUACUGAAUUCGUCGUGGAAGGAGGAAAAAUCUUCAAAUGGCUUUCAAGAAGUACAAAAUGGCGUUGAUUAUGUGGACCCUCCUGAAGAGUUGUGGUCAAAAAAUCUCGAUUCGGCAGCGUCUGUGUUCCCACCGUCCACAUUGACUCCAACACUAGAUUUUGACAUCUGGGGAGAAAUUUAUGGAGAUUUGAUCAGUUGGUGUCCCGAACCGCUACAGGAUACAUCUUGCACCAUGGUGGGCGACAGAAAAGGUUCCAAUUGUAUUGUACAAGACGAUGAACUGAACACGCCAGAAACAGGUGUGGAGCCUGAAUUUGACUUUACUUCACUCCUUGGUGUGAUGGAGACAUCAACACUAUUUCUAUCUGAAGGAGAGGAAUCUGUGAACUACAAGGAAAGAGAAACUGCCAUGCUUACAGAGAUUUUGGCGAGCAGCUUGCCAAGCAUGAAUUCCAAGCCCAGUGUGCUUAUGAACGUGACCAAUGAAGUGACUGCUGGAGAUGUUCAUGUGCUUGGACCACAAUCGGCAGUAAAGGAGGGCACUGACAAAAUCAGCAACACACCUGUGAUCUUGAAUCUGUAUUUAAGCAAGAUGAACCAUUUAACUUGGUUUCCUACAUUCUUGACGACCUGGUGCCAGGUACCACACUGCCUACCAGUGUGGAGUGUGUUGCUGAGACAUCUGGCACUCAACGGAAUGAUGCAGAUUCUGAAUUGGAAAAUCUUUUACUGCCAAAAGAAACCCGUAGACAUCCAGAAAAACGGGAACAUCCAUCAACAUCAUGCAGCAGGUCACAGAAGAGAAAAUUGUCAACUUCUGUAGCUAGUGAGUCAUG